AUGAGUGCAAGUCAUAAAGUCACGGUGGCUCCAGCUAUUACUGGUGAGUUGGAUCUCAACCAUGCAUUACACAUAUUACCACAAAACUUCCAACCAUGGAGACCAACCAUUCUUUCAUAUACUGCAUCCUUAUUCUCAACAGUGGUGGGGUUCCCAUUAGAUUCCAUAAAGACUCGUAUGCAAACACAUCCUUUCAAUGGGAUCUAUGAUUGUCUAACAAAGACGAUAAGAACAGAAGGUGUCAAAGGUUUAUUCAGAGGUGUUACCGCUCCAUUAUUAUCAACUUCAUUUUCCAAAUCCUUGGGUGUGUCGUUAUAUACUGCUGCUAAACCAUAUGCCGCUGCUUUACAACAUUAUACAAUACAACCAAUACAAAGUAAAGAUUCGGACUCGUCAAGAAAACAGAAAAUAAUACUGGCUAUAAAUAAUGCACCGGUGUCUUUCGCUUCAGGUUUUGCUGCUGGUGCUGGUACAAGUUUAUUUGCAUGUCCUUUUGAAUUUACCAAACUAUUUCAACAACUAUAUGUCCUCAUGCAAGCUGAAUUGAAUUUAAACCCGAGAAAGAUGCCAAAGACAACAUUUCAAGUUGCAAGACAAAUUAGAAGAUGCGAAGGUAUGUUGGGUCUUUAUUCAGGUUAUAAAUUUCAUCUUUUGAGAGAUGCAUUGGGGUCUGGGUUAUAUUUUAGUAUUUAUGAAACUUCUAAAAUAUUAAUUGAUGCAUUUUCAGGUGGUGCCAAUGCAGUUAUACCAGGUACCACAAUACCCAUGUCCACAUUAAGUAUUACUUUGGCCGGUGCUAUGUCUGGUAUAUUUAGUUGGGUUUUAGUUUUUCCAAUUGAUACUGUCAAGUCAUUAACUCAAAGAGAUAUAACGUCAAAUAUCAUAAGAGAAUUGGCCAGAAAACCACCAAAACCUUUAUUAAUGAGAAAAUUAACAUUCCCAACAAGACAGAUGUAUAGAGGGUUGAGUGUUAGUGUUACAAGAUCUGUCAUUACAAGUGUUGCAUUCUUUGGAUGUUUUGAAUAUCUGAUGAAACAUAUUGCCUAG